CUGGUUCAAAGGUGACAUUUGGUAGAAGCAUGGACGUCUCCACGAAAUGUAGCUGAAGUUAAUUGGCAGUCCAAGUUUCAUUCAUACAAUUUAUAAAAGACGGUAUUUUACAAUACAAAAAAAUGAAUUCUGAGGGCGAUGACGCGUCAAAAUAUGAACUAUUGCAUUUGAUUUAUUUGCAUUUGAAAGAGAACGGUUACCAGAAAGCUGCUAACGUGCUCAAAAAGCAUGUUACACAGAAUGAAACUGCAGCGGUGGCGACUACUCUACAUGAUAUCUACAAGAGUUGGGCAAAAGCUUCUGAUGCUGUGAAGACAAAGGAGGAACCUGACAUUGACACAGACAUUGUGAAGAAGUUGGACCCUACUGUUGACUUUGAAAAACUGGGAAAAGAUGAAGAUAAAGUUUUGCAAGAUUCAACUCCUGAAAAGGGAGUUGAAGCAGUGGAAACCAAACCCAUCAUUGAAGUGGCUGGGGCCCCCAGCGACUCUCACCCAGUUCCUGCUGAUGCUCAAGCACCCAAGGACUCUGACAGCCCCCAAAAUGGCCUGGACCCCAUCUCUGAGGUGGUAAAUGAUGCCAAGCCCGCCUCACAGGCGAAGUCUGAGAGCAGCGAUGACUCGAGGAGCGAAGAGGAGGCGCCAGUGCCUAAAAAGCCAUCGAUCGUCCCAGAACCUACUCCUGUAGAAGACAGUAAGGUCCCUGCAGUCCCUACCUCCAAAAAAGCAGCGAGCUCAGACAGUGACAGUGAAUCGGAUAGUGAAGAUGAGGAUCCUGCGUCACAGAAGGCAACCCUGACCCCGAAAUCAGCUGCCAGAAAUCCUGAGAAGCCAGCUCCAGCCAAGGGAGCUCCCGCAGAACCUGCCAAGCUCAGCCAGCCCACCCCCAUGCAGGCUAAAGCUGCACCCAAGGCCCCGGCUUCAGGGAAGAAGGCCGAGAGCUCAGACAACACGGACGACUCGGAGAGUGAGGAAGAGGAGGAGAAGGCUCCAGUGCAGAAGAAGGUAACUCCCACAAAAGCUCCACCCAGCAAAGUGGCCACACCCACAGCAGCCAGAAAGUCUGAGAGUUCAGACAGCGACAGCGAGGAGGAGACACCUGCACAGAAAGCACCGGCAAUGCCUAAAGCUACAGCUGGAGCCCAAGCCAAGCAAACCCCAACCAAGGGGGGCUCUGUGGGCCCAGGGAAGCCUGGCCAGCCCACCCCCAGCCAGGAUAAAGCUAGUUCCAAGGCCCCUGCUUCGGGGAAGGAGGCCAAAAGCUCGGAGAGCGGGAGCACAGACGAUUCGGAGAGCGAAGAGGAGGCUGCUCCACUUCUAAAGAAGACAAAGGCCGCUCCGGUCACCCCAGCAAAGCCGGUUGCUGUGGCAACCCCUGGCAAGGCCAAGGCCACACCCAAGGCCACGGCACCCGCUAAGAAGGAGGAGAGCGAGAGCACAGAAUCCUCGGAUAGCGAGGCGGAGGCACCGCCCAAGAAGCUUCCGGCGACUCCGGCCAAGCCCAUCCCACCCUCCCCCAGCCGGGCUAUGGCUACACCCAAAGCGCCUGCGGCCGCAAAGAAAGAAGGGAGUUCAGGGAGCGAGAGCACGGACGAUUCGGAGAGCGAGGAGGAGAAGGCUGCUGUUAAGAAGAAGCCGACACCCAUCACCCCAGAGAAGCCAGCGGCUGUGAAGACCCAGGGCCAGGCCAGCGCCACGCCCAAAGCCGCACCCAAAACAGCAGCUCCUGCCAAUGAGGACAGCGAGAGCUCGGAGACCUCGGGGAGCGAUAAAGAGGUCAUAGUGAAGGUGGCAGGGACUCCCAAGGCAAAAGCUGUGCUGGCCACACCUAAAGCCACACCCGUUGCCAAACCUACAGUACCAGAGCCCGCGGAGGAGGAUGAGGGCUCAGAUUCCUCAGACACUGAGGAAGAGGCUCAGCCAAAGAAUGUCCCGGUGUUGUCUAAGGCAGUGCUGGCCACGCCUGAGGCAGUACCCAAGUCCACACCCAAGAUCCCUGUGCCUUCAAAAGGAGGUAGCAGUGAGGACUCUUCAGAAAACGAAGAGACUCCCCCCGCUGUUGAAGCUGUGAAGACCCCCACAGACAAAGCGCCUGAUGCUACUGCUACUGCUGCUGCUAUUUCGCCAGCCACGCCCGCCUCACCUGAAAGAAAGGAAGAGGAGGAACCCACACCUACACCUGCUCAGGAAGUGACUGCACUGAAGAGCCCUGAGCCUGUCCUUCUGGAAGCCUCAGAAAAGGCCAUCCCAGCCACAGAAGAACAGAGCUCAGAGACCGGCAGUCCUGGUGAAGAGGAGACCUCCCAGCCUCCUCCAGAGCCCGUGGCCCCAUGCCUGAAGUCCACACCAAAGAGCAAGAAAAGCAAAGAAGGGAAGAAAAAGGGCAAGAAAAAGAAGAAGAAUUCUACGCUGUUUGAGGAUGAGAACGCCAGCCCUGAGGUCCCUGUGAAGGGUAAGAACAGCUCCCCCGCUCCACGUGCCCUGAAGGAGCCCUGUUUGGACAGUACUCCCAUCGAUCUGGAUGAAUUAAUAGCAGAGGCACGCAAAGCUGCUGAGGACACCCCCAAAGAGGAGGAGGUAUCCGAGGGUGAUGCUAGCCCACUGAACGCCAAAUCCGAGACUCCUCAGUCUGUACCUGAGGAAGUGCCUGUUGAGCCUGCUGUUGAGACCCCCCCGGCAGACGCCCCAUCAUCGGUAGAGACCCCAGCUCCACUGGCCAAGAGGAAGAGGGUCGAAGAGGAAACGGAACUCCCUGCCAAGAAGAAAAAGAAGAAGAAGAAGAAGAAGAAAACGGGCCAGCCAGAGACCGAGAUCGUCGAAAACGAACAGCCGGCGCUAGCCGCUUCGUCUCCAGCUGGGGGAUGCAGUGACUCCGGGAAAAGUACGGAUGUGGAGAAGAAGCUGGCGUUUGGCCUCUCAGAUGAAGAUGUGGCUGAGCUGGAUGCCGAUUCAGCUGUAAACUGUGGCUCCACAACUCUCGUCCUCUCAGCCAAAUCACUGAAGAAAAGAAAGAAGAAGCUUAAAAAGAAAAUGAUGGCAGCAAUGCUUGCAAAAGAGGUGGCGGUGGAGAAUGGGACACCCACAGUCCAGAAAAAGGACAAGAAACCCAAAAAGAAUAAGAAAGCCACACCUCUGGCUACAGUCUCACAGCAGCCCACAGUCACGACCAGUCAAUCAGGAGCCUCAUCUAAAACACCAGGGAAGGCAGCUGCACCCAAUGCCACACCCGGCAAGAGGCCGUUCCCGACACCGGCCACGCCCGAAACGGAUGAGCAGGAGGCCCCAAAAAAGAAGAAAAAGUCAGAAAAAAAGGGCCCCAAAAAGGUGAAAGCAGAGCCGGAAACUCCUCUGCCAUCUCCGCCCAAGAAAAAAAAGAAAGACAAGAAAGGGAAGCAGAAGGAGCCUACUGAGGUGGCGGCCGCGGAGGAGAUAAAGAUUGUGGUGGAGGACGCAUCUCCCUCCAUUGCUGUGAAUUCCAGCCCCCUUUCGGAAAAGAAGAAAAAAAAGAAAAACAAACUGAAGGAAAAGAAGGAGAAGAAGAUGAAGAUGGAGAUGACACCCUUUAAGCCCCCAGCAAAGCUCAGUCCUGACACCCCUGUAUCCCUGGGGACCAGUCCCGCAUUCACCAAGAGCUCCACAGGAAAGAAAAAGAAGUCUUCCAAGAACAAAUAAUCCUGUAUCACUGGGGGGUGCCAUCACUUACCUGGAAAUCGAUGAGCUGCUAGCCAGGUGGAAAGGACCAUCACAUUGAGAAUGUUGUUUGGGAAGGAAAAAGGAUUUUU